CGGCAGCGACAGCGGCGGCGGCGGCAGUGUUUCAUUCAUCGAGGGCCGAUGCGAGAGCGCGAGCAUGUCAUUGGAUUUCCGCGAAUGAGCCGAGUGAGGGGAGAGGUGCCACGACGAGCCCGAUCUUCGAAUCCCCGGCCGUGAUUUCGUAGACGGACACGAAGCGGGACACGGAACAGGAGCCAGGGAGCGGGAGAGAAGCGGGUGCGGGACGAGCGACACGGCGCGGUUGCACAUGUGAUCCCCCUCCCCCUGGAGUGGCCGACCCCAUUUGGCAGACGCGAUGAAGAAGUUCACGAUCAAGGGUGUACUCGACGGGUUCCGGUCGUCGGUCCCGCAGCCCGCCAAGCCCGACCAGGAGAUCGUCGAGAAUCUCAGGACGGAGCACUUUCAAGUUAAGAAGACAUUCAGACACGGCUUCCCGCAUCAGCCGACAGCGUUGGCAUUCGACCCAGUUCAAAGGCUCCUAGCUAUUGGCACUAAAUCAGGAUCCCUCAGGAUUUUGGGUAGACCGGGGGUGGAUGUACACGUUAAACAUGAGGAAUGUGCGGCCGUGCUGCGACUGCAGUUCCUGAUCAACGAAGGAGCGCUGGUGUCCGCCACGGAGGACGACACCUUGCACUUAUGGAACUUCCGUCAGAAGAUACCGCAGGUGGUACAUAGCCUCAAGUUUCAGAGAGACAGAAUCACUUGCAUACAUUUACCGCUGCAAAGUAAAUGGUUGUACAUCGGGACCGAUCGAGGAAACAUUCACAUACUGCACAUUGAAACGUUCGUUCUAUCCGGAUAUGUAAUUAAUUGGAACAAGGCUAUCGAAGUAUCUAGAAAGACUCACCCUGGUGCUGUAGUACACUUGAGUGAUAAUCCUUUAGAUUUGAGCAAGAUGCUUAUAGGAUACUCGUCAGGACAAAUCGUUCUUUGGGACUUAAAAACCAAGACUGCAGACUACAGAUGUCAAACGGACGAUCUAUUAACAUCGAUAACAUGGCACCAUGAAGGUAAACAGUUUAUGUGCAGUCACUCGGACGGUUCUCUCUCGACUUGGACUAUUCGGCAGGUAAAGCCGAGCAUAACAUUUCCACAUGCAAAAUUUACCAAAGACGGAGAACCUGAACGUUGCAAGGCCAUUCAGAAAGUAGAAUGGAAGUUAUCGAGAUCGGGGGAAGCAUAUGUGAUAUUCUCUGGUGGAUUGGCACAGGACACCACUGGGAGAACACCCAGCAUUACAGUGAUACACGGGAAAACUACUACGGUGCUCGAAAUGGAACAUAAUGUUGUAGACUUUAUAACGCUGUGUGAUAGUCCAUGGGCUAGUGAUUUUCAAGACCCUUAUGCCGUUGUUGUUUUACUACAAAAUGACCUGGUUGUGAUAGAUUUGUUAACUACUGGAUUCCCCUGUUUUGAGAAUCCAUACCCUAUGGAUAUUCACGAGUCUCCCGUGACAUGUUGCGCAUACUUCGCGGAUUGUCCUUCGGAUCUAGUACCUGCAUUUUACUCCGUUGGAUCCAAGUCGCAGAAGAAGACCGGCUUUAGCGAGAAAGAGUGGCCUAUCUCCGGUGGCGAGUGGAGCUCCAGUUCUAGCAGUUAUAACGAAAUUAUCCUCACCGGGCAUGCCGAUGGCAGUAUAAAGUUUUGGGACGCUUCAGCGGGAACGUUACAAGUCCUUUACAAACUAAAGACGGCGAAACUUUUCGAAAAAACUAGAACGCGUAGUAUAGAUAACGAGGAAGAUCCGUUAGCGAUUCAACUUAUCUUCCUUUGUCCUGAAAGUCGCAAAUUAGCUAUCGCAGGGAGCGGCAAGCAUGUCGUGCUGUUCAAAUUUAAGAAGGCUGAAAGUAUGUCCGAAGUAGUGACUUUGGAAAUAUGCUUAACGGUGGAACCGGAGGCUUCACCGGAUCGCGAAUCUCCGGCAACCGGAAACACCGUAGGAAACGUGGAGCCGAAGACUAUAGAAUUCAAUCAUCCGCUCAAAGUCAAGACGGGUCUGCAGAAAAGGCCAGCCGGUUUUCAAGCGACACUGAUUUGUUUGACGACGGCACCGCCUGGAGAACAACCCGAAAAUAUAACGUCCCUCAGUUUAAAUUCCUCAUACGGCCUAUUGGCCUAUGGAAACGAGUCGGGGUUAGUGAUAGUGGACAUCGUGCAGAAGAUCUCCUUAAUCGUAUUGAGCACUAGUGAUUUUGGAGGUGGCGAUCCUUAUCAACGCGUCUUACGAAGUCCCAAACGGCAGGACGAAUUGAAACGAGAAAAUGAAGACAAGGCACGAAGUCCAAGCACAGACCAGAGCCAGCGAGAAUCCGCGAUGGAAUCCGAGCCGGUAGUCGCAAGGAUAGCGGACUCGGUUCAGCAAGCACAGCAACAGCAACAGUGCCCUCGCAAUGAGAGUCAGACUGGAAACAGUAGCGAUAAACCGAGCGCCGCGGAGGAAACCACGAGCGAAUCCAAUAAAGCGGGUAGCAUUCCUAACGGCGACGAGUGUCAGAAAAGCCAAGGUUGGAAGGGAUUUAGUCUCAAGAGACAACUGAGCAAGGUCGAUCUGAAGAUUAAAAAUACUUUUACACCGUCCUCGGUGUCUUCUCAAAAUGGGAGCUCGUCGUCGGGGCUCAUGCAAGUACCCCAAUGUCAGCAGAUAGGCGGCGAUACCGGCGGUCAAAAGUCUUCCACGUUUUACUGCAAUGUCAACGAAGCGGCCAGCACGAGUCGUUCGCUGUCGCCGGUCGAGAGUGUUGACUCUGAGUCCUCGCUGUCGCCGGAGAGCCAGUCUCCGGGGCACGAGAGUCCUCAGACGGCCGACGACAGGAAGCGCGAGAUCCAAGAGGCUAGAAGCCCGACCGAGGGCGAGAAUGAGAGAGCGUUAACGAGCAAUGACAAUACUGGCGUAAGAACCGAGGCGGUGAGACCGAUGAACCUGUCUCUGCCCGAGCACGAGGCGAAACCGCCGAGGCUGCGGUAUAUCGCCAAGAUGAGACAGGCAAAGAGAGAGGGCCGUUUGCUCUCGGUGCCGAAUCUAAAAUUUUCCAAGAACGAGACGACCGUUUGUGACCUAAGAUGCGAGGAGAGCGCUACCUCCGAAUCGUUCACCGGCAAUCUUAUAAGAAGAUUCAGUCGGAUAGACAAAUUCGACGGCUCCUUCCAACGAUCAAGGAGCUCGAGUAUGUCGUCUCUCGAAAACAUCACCACAGAAACCAUAAGCUGCCUUACAUUUGCGGAUUCUUAUACGAAAAAAAGCGAUACAAGCGGCAUGCCGACGUUAUGGAUUGGCACGUCUCUGGGAUCUGUACAGACUGUUGUAUUCAAUACGCCUGCCCCCAGCGAACGACAUGCUCAUCCAGUGGUUGUGUCUACCUUUAAUGGAUCUAUUUUCAAACUCAAGGGUUGUAUCCUGUCGAUGUCGUUCUUAGACUGUAACGGCGCUCUUAUCCCGUAUUCGUUCGAGUCCUGGAAAGACGAGAACACGGAUGGCAAAGAACGGAACAAGAGUCAAGGAAAAUGUACAAAUAGCCGAAUGUCACCGUCGACGAACACGCAAGUCGGGGACAAUUUCGAGGACAGACAGUUUGUCAUGCUCGCGUCGGAGAAGCAAGCAAGAGUUGUGGCGUUACCCUCCCAAAACUGUGUAUAUAGGCAACAGCUGGCGGAGACUCAUAUCGUAAUUAAGGCAGAAGUUACAUCACUCAAAGAUAACGUCUGCCUGGUAUGUUACGUUUCGAAUGGUCACAUCACGACGUAUAGUCUACCCAGCCUGAGACCGCUGAUAGACGUCGAUUUUCUACCUCUUAUAGAUUUGAGUUUUCAGACCACAAAACACGGCAUUGUAGACCCCAUGUUGACCAUAUGGGGUCAUCAACUCUUUGUUAAUGGCGAUACCGAUCAGAUCGCAAAGACGCUUUGCUUCAGCAAUCGAGGUCACGGUUUAUAUCUCUCAUCACCGAUGGAAAUACAGAAGUUCUCCGUUUCGAGUGAAUUUUGCGGUGAACUGACGGAGAUGAUGGGCGAUCUGUUUAUUGGCCACGAUAUGCCAGAACCGCCUAAAGAGAGCUUCUUCAAAGGUUUAUUCGGUGGUGGUUCGAGGAGUCUCGAUCGGGAGGAGUUGUUCGGCGAGUCCAGCGGUCGUGCGUCGCGCACAGUGGCGAAACAUAUUCCAGGACCAAACGAGGCUCUACGAGAACGAGUCUCCAGCGCAACGGGCGAGGUGAACAUGGCGCAUCAGAUGGUGGUGGAGCGCGGCGAGAAGCUGUCGCAGCUCGAGGAACGGACCGCGCGCAUGAUGUCCGAGGCCGAGAACUUUUCGACGAGCGCACACGGACUGAUGCUCAAGUACAAAGACAAGAAAUGGUACCAGCUAUGAGGACGCCAUUCGGCCCGGGACGACGCACGUUUCCUUAGUUACUUAGCGCUCGUGUUUCGUCUAUUGAGUUUUGUCGUAUUAACAAACUAAAGAGCUAGCUAUACUACAAUCCUCACACGCGCACACAUGGGGAAACAUCUACACGAAGGAGGGAGAAAGAGAGAGAGAGAGAGAGAGAGAGAGAGAGAGAGAGCGGACAAAGCGGAUGCAUUGUACAUUGCGAUCACCCUGUGCGACGCACACGGUACACACGCACAUGCUGUAAACGAGAUAAAACAAAAAAAACAUAUAUUUCAAAACGGAUGAGUAUUGCGACGAUCUCUCAAAUGUGUAAAUCUUUGCGUAUGGAUGAAUAAAAGAGGGACCGUGUCGACGUGGGCGGGGGGGAGGCGUAGAGAAAGGCCGUGGCGUAUUCGCGCGGAUGUGUGUGACAUGUACGUAUAAUUAUUUAAAAUUACUAAAGUACUUAAAUACGCAAAGAUGCGAGAUAUACGCGAGUCAAUAUAAGCAAUUAUGUAAUAAUUCGCCUUUUAACCGGUGGCACUCGUUAAUUCAUUCGGACGUCCUGUGAACGUGUUUAAUGGCGCCUUGCCUUGUUUGCUUCUCAGCAAAGAAUUGCCAAUAAGUAUUUACGAAACGUCACACUGUUGCGGAGUUUUAAGCACUUUCGAACAGAUGGAAUCGAGUGGAAACGCUAAGAAUCGCAUUAGUUAUGUAAAUCGACUAAAAAUAGUACUUAUACAUACAUGAGUUUCUCCUAUAUUAGAUUAAUAUUAUAUAUGUGUUACAUAAGAGAGAGAGAAAGAGAGAGAGAGAGAGAGAGAGAGAGAGAGAAAUAUAUAUUAUAUUGAAACGCGAAGUACACAUGGCUACUCAUACGUAUAUUAAUAAUGCCAUUGGAAACUUGCAGUGUAGUAAAAACACAUUCUAGAGAAGAGUUGUUAUUGACUAAUAAUUCUUAUCUCCGCGAUGUAAAUUUUAUAACCGUGUACAUUGUAAGGGCUGACUUGUAUUUAAGUAUUUAUCGUUACACGAUCGUAGAUCACACUUUCGUAAAAUAAGGGAAUAGAACGACCAAUAGAUAGAGUGACCAAUGCGAUUCUUAAGAUUCGUAAGUCUAUCGAGUUAACAAAUGGGUGCAAAUGGGAAAAAUUUUGUUGGGCUCGACGGGGAGUUGUCUAAUUUUGUGGAACCACUUUACUACGGAAAGUCACGAACGCAGGCAAGAGACGGCACAGCGACACCAUUCCGAAUGUAUUGACAAUAAAA